UUAAACAGUUCCGGUGUGCCUCGUGGUCACGUGACUGGCGACAGAAACCUAAGUUUUCUUCAGAAAUGAAAUCGAAACUUAACUCUUUUUGUGGAGGGCAGUUUCAUUUUUAUUACAUUAACAACCCCGUGGAUUUUCCCUUCAUCAUCGCCGUGUAACAGUGUAGUAACGCAUCUUGCAGCAGGCUUUAUAAGGGCGCAAACCUCUCCGGUGUUUAUCUUUGUGCUGCGGGCAGGACCUGAUCACCCAAAACCGGAAGACCCUGCAUUUUGGACAACACCUUCAGCACUACAUAGAUUUGUGAUUUUUUCCCCCCCAUUCUACCACGGGUUCCGUCUUUAUUCUUACAUUAAUCUGUAACGUUUAUUUUAUUAUUAUAAUUAUUAUUACCUUAUUUACAUGGGAUCGAGUCUUGGAUUAGUCGCCUUUAUGAAUCUGCAAAAGGUCUCUCAGCAUGCAACUGGCCUGCCCUGACUCCUGAUCAGGGUAUUCUAUUUGCGCUAGAGGACAUACACUAAUACAGAAGCUGCACAGCCGGCAGCAUCGGCCCCCUUCACGCUCAACCCCUGCGCUAUGAGCAGAGGUAGAGGAGGGCCUUCCAAAGAACAUUACUACAGGCAUCCACAACCCCGCGUGCAGGAAAGGGAUAACUUCUAUAGACCUGGCCCAGGUGUAUUCUAUCCCAGAGCUGGGCCACAGCAGAUCGCACAUCCAAGUUACUACGACGGUCCUGCCCACCCUGAAGCACACAUACAGCCCUCAUCUCCCCUCAUCCCUUCUACCCCCCCUACACCAAGCCACAUUAAAGUGGUCCCAAACUCUGUCACCCAUAAUAGCUUGUACAGCCCGAAUCACGGUGCAGGUCCAAGCCCUAAUUCCUUUCAUGACAAACAAAGAGAGUUCCUGACAGGACAGAUCUCUGAGGCUCCACAGUUUAGAGCCACUGUGAGUGGAGGAGGAGGAGGAGGAUUUGUACCCAACAGGUCACAUAGUACUAUAUACCAGCCUCAGUCAGGAUACUGUAGAUAUCCAAACAGCAGCCCUAGGGGUAGAGGGGCUAGCCAAGACCGGAGAACAUACCGACCUGGUGCAGGAGCUUCAAGAGGUAACCUAGCACCUCGACACUUGAAUCAAAACCAGUUCCAAGGUAAAAACCAUAACCAACACUCCAGUAGACAAUGGCGCACCCAAACAGAUUCACUCUGUGACCAAUUUCAGGGUUUGUUGCUCAAAGACAGGCCCAACAGAGGAGGAGAAAGGUUUGACAAACAUUCUUCAUCCAGCAGCACAGGAAAUUUAAGUUUUUGUAAACCUAACAUCACUCUCACAACUCAAAUACAGGGCGAGGUACAUGAGGCUUUGGCUGCGUUGAAGCCAAGUGAAAGUAUUUCUGCUAAAGUGUUAGCCAGAAAACUGCAUCUUCCCAAAAAGGUAGUCAACAAGGCUCUGUACUCUUUGGAACGCUUACAGAAAGCUUCCAAGCAAGGAUUAACCCCUCCUGAGUGGACACUAUACAGAGAACCUCUCAGAGUCGAGGAAGACCAAAGCACAAAGUAUCACGUACAAAAUCAACCUCCUUAUUCGUUAGCCAGUUCAGAACCCCCACAAAAACCUGAAGAAAAGGUUGAAACAGAAACCGAAGAGGAAGUCCAGGCCAAAGAAGAGGAUUCUGACACAGAAUCGAGUUCUUCAUAUUCCUCCUCUUUAGAUUUUUCUGACUCUGAAGAUUCCCAGUCAUCAGCAAAAGGUCAACAUCACGAGAAGCAACAUCCCAGCACUUCCAGCUCUCCUGAUCAGGAUAUUAAAGGUGCUGUGAUGGCAGAACAGAAGGAACAAAUUUUUAAAUACCUUCUUCAAUCAAAGGAGGCAACAGCUCUUAACAUAGCGAAAAAUAUUGGACUCAAGACUGCUAAGCAGGUCAAUUCUACUCUGUACGCCCUAGAAAAGCAAGGUGAAGUCGUUAGGAAUGUUGAAGUCAACCCUCCUACGUGGGAGCUCUCCACCCACCGCCGAGAGAGAAUGGAGAGGAGUCUCAAAGCUGCACAGAGCAACCCGACUGUCCUGGUUAAAAUGGAAGUAGAAGAGGAGGAAGUGAGUGCCAUCUUUUCCCCAUCACCGCUACCACCAUUACCAGGCCUUGAGGUACUUACGGGGGGUUGGAUACCAGACCAAAUUCUUAGUGAAGCGCCCCUUUCCUCUGCCUCAUGUAAAAGCGAAAACGCCAAUGAAGGACAGUGGUCCACUGAUGACAUCCCUGAAUUCCUCAAUGCUAUUCGCAGAGAGACGGAUGCUGAAAAAAAGGCAGCCGAGAAAACCAAUGCCAUGGGGACUGUAGCUGUCUCAGUGGCUGCCCCGCCUCCCCAGAAUCUGUGGGCUAAAUUACAAGAGGUAAGGUUGAAGAACCCUGUGAGCGGUCUCAUGGAGUAUGCCCAGUAUCUGGGCCAGAACUGCGAGUUCCUGCUGCUGGACCAGUCAGGACCCUCCCACGAUCCUAGAUUUCGUAUGCAGGUGAUGCUCAACGGGAGGCUGUUUCCUGUCGCGGAAGCUUCUAGUAAGAAAGUUGCAAAAAAGGAUGCUGCUGCAGCCACACUGCAAAUCCUUGUCAAAGAGAUGCAGGGGGGGACGUGCACCGCCGAUGAGGAAAAUACUGGCAAUGUGGACCAGGUGAUGGAGCUACUUCCAGACACCAGUGGGCCUGGUGAAAGCACAGGGGGGAUUUUUGGGUCUGGCGGUGUGGAAGGGACGGCAGAGGGACCUCGCCAACCCCUGUCCCGCUCUCUGCCUGGUGGCAAGAAUCCGGUGUCGGUCCUUAUGGAGUACAGCCAGCGCAGUGGGAAGCCCAUCGAGUUCAUCAACACUGGGCAGGCGGGUCCACCGCAUGAUCCAAGGUUCAUGUACAGGGUGAAGGUGGGAGAGAGCUUGUUUGCAGAGGCCUCAGCUCCAAACAAGAAGGCAGCUCGCCAGCUGGCAGCAGAGGAGGCUGUCAAAGAAUUAAUGGCUGAUGGGAAACUGCAGCUCAACAAGCCUCAGUUGCCCCUGGGUCCUUCCAGUGGCAGUGACGAGAGUUUUUCUGGGGCAACAUGCCCCAGUUUACCUCCACUUACUGCAGAUGAGUUGCGAGCAGCCCACGAGGCAGGGGUCGGGGACCUCAUCAACCACCUGAACAACAAUGCAGUGUCGGGUCUUCUGGAGUAUGCCAGAGCCCGGGGCUUUGCUGCCGAGAUCCGCCUUGUGGGCCAGUCUGGACCGCCACAUGACCCUAAGUUCACCUACCAGGCCAAGCUCGGCGGACGCUGGUUCCCUCCCGUCUGUGCGUCCAACAAGAAGCAGGGAAAGCAGGAAGCAGCUGAUGCUGCACUGCGCGUUCUGAUUGGAGAAGCUGAGAGAGCAGCCCGCACUGGGGAGCUUACACCAGCUGAGUUACCAGUGAGCGGCAGCACACUGCAUGAUCAGAUAGCAAUGUUGAGUCACCAGCGCUUCAACGCUCUGACCACACGGAUCCAGCACUGCCUUCUGGGACGCAAGAUUCUGGCCACGAUCAUCAUGAGGAGGGGGGAGGGCCUGGGGACUGUUGUCAGCCUUGGAACUGGAAAUCGCUGUGUUAAAGGGGAGGAGCUGAGCCUUAAAGGAGAGACUGUUAAUGACUGCCAUGCAGAAAUCAUCUCCAGGAGAGGAUUUAUUCGGUUUCUGUACAGUGAGCUGCUCAAGCACUAUGAAGGUGCAGACGAUAGUAUAUUUGAACCGGCGGAGAAUAACAAACUACGGAUCAAAUCUGACAUCACCUUUCACCUCUACAUUAGUACGGCACCGUGUGGGGAUGGUGCUCUGUUUGAUAAGUCAUGCAGUGAGGCGGGGGAUGAAGCUCAAGGCCACCAGCCUCUAUUUGAGAAUGCUAAGCAGGGCAAGCUUCGCACUAAAGUGGAGAAUGGUGAGGGCACCAUCCCUGUGGAGUCAAGUGCCAUUGUACCCACCUGGGAUGGCAUCCAGCACGGUGAAAGGCUGAGGACAAUGAGCUGCAGUGAUAAGAUCCUGCGCUGGAAUGUGAUAGGCCUACAGGGGGCACUGCUUACCCAUUUCCUGGAUCCCAUCUACCUGAAGUCCAUCACACUUGGCUAUUUGUACAGCCACGGUCACCUGACACGCGCCGUUUGCUGUCGGUUGGCCAGAGACGGUGAGGCUUUCACGCAAAGUCUCCCCACUCCCUUCAAGCUGAACCACCCUGAGGUCGGCAGGGUGAGUGUGUAUGACUCCACACGUCACACAGGCAAGACCAAGGAGUCCAGUGUGAACUGGAGCUUUCCAGACCAGCACAGUGUUGAAGUGCUUGACGGGACCAAAGGAAAAGUAGAUGGGACCAAACUGGCCGUGUCCCGCGUGUCCAAGUCCAAUCUAUUCCAUCUUUUCCGCUCCCUGUGCCAGCGAAGCGGUCGCACUGACCUCCUCUCCCUGCCCUCCUACGCUCAGGCAAAGAUGUCUGCUGUGUCCUUCCAGCAAGCCAAGCAACAGUUUUUCCAAGCUCUCAGCGCCCACGGCUACGGAGCCUGGAUCGGAAAACCCCUGGAAGAAAAGAGCUUCGAGGCUGGGGAGGGAAACGGGAACAAUGGGGCACCUGUGGGAAACAGCAACAAUGUAGGAGCAGUGGAGGCAUAGAACUGUUGUGUCGAGUGCUUUAUAAAAUAAUACCACUGGGUGCAGGGAGAAAAGCUCAAAGUGCAAACGGGUUAAAGACAAAAGGAUAAUCAAACAAUGUGACGACGCUAGUGCCCAAAACUUUGGAAAGACUAAAGAGAGAGUGAAAGAAAGGGACACAAGAAGUGAGUGGAAUGGGUCAAGGAGGGCAAACCCUAAAGGAUGAGCGAGUCCACAGCUGACAAGACAGAGCUCCGCGGGGUGUACAGAAUAUUGUAGACACUACAUGCAAAAGAAUUAGUCUGAAGUCAGUAAACCAACAUGGCAGGCACUGCUCGGAAGCUCAGACAGUUUCAGUUUUUCUUUGUCACCGUUUGGCAUUUGUGGUUCUUGCUUUCCUAUUGUACUACUUGAUGUUCACACUUAUAUGUGCAGAUUCCCGUUGCAAAUGUCUGCACCCAAAUCACUUGUUCUCUUUGCAGAGGAGAAAAACUGCUUAUUGGAAUUCAGCCUGGUGUGACCAGUGCCAUGUAGCAGUGUUUGUAAUUGUGAUUAAUUUACUUUGCAGUGGAAUGCUUCUAUCAUGAAGUAUCCCCCCCCCCCCCCGUUCAUUAUGCUUUUAUUGUGUUAAUGUGUUUUUUAGGACAAAGAGAAAUAAUGGGACACCCUCAGCGGGAACUUUCGGGUUGGAUUUUUGAAACUGCAUUGAUUUAAUUUUGAUGUCAAAAGGAAAAUUGCAAGAAUGUACAUAAGAAAAUCAUUAAUUAAUGUUCAUUGUUCAACAUUUCAGUCUUUAAUUCCCGUACAUGCUUUAAAGUCUUCAGUCAGACUUCUUUUUAGUUAAACAUGCUGAUCGUACGUCUGCUGGCUGUUGUUGCAGCUUUUUGUCUUUUUUCCUUGCGUUUUGAGUAUUUCUCUUCCUCCUGAACCCCCGACCCUCUUCUGUCAAAGUGUUCAUCAGUAGCUGGGUAUGUUUUUAAAUCCUGGGAAGCCUCACGUGUCCUGCCUGUGGGGAAAGCCACCUUAUAUUUUUCAAAAUAUAAAUCUAAAUACACAAAGGUUUCAAGUUCUGGUAAACUGGGUAGUUUUUGAAAACUGCGGCUUAAGUUUUGUCUUUGAUUUGAGUGUAUGAUGCAAUAUAUAAAUAUAUACAGAUAUAUAUAUGGUAUAUACAAAUACAUGAACACAAAGAUGUACAGUGGGUUCCAAAAGUUUAAGCCUGGUUACAGAAGCUUUUAUUUUAAUGUGUGGCUGUUUUGUUUUGGGUUUUUAUGUUUGUUUGUUUUUUGAAAAUUUGAAAUACACUUCUAGAAAGAUGAGCAGUUUUAAGAUUUGAACGAGCUGCUGUUUCCAUUAAACAGACCUCAGAGUUUUGGGAAGAAUUUGAACGCGUCGCCGCAUGUCAGAGAUGUAAUGUGACGCAGGAUGUCUCUCUCAGAUGUUUGUGCUUAAUGUCUGAUAACUACAGAGGUAAAGCUAUGCAAGUCAGCUCUCUGAUCCUUCAAACGGUUUGGGGUAGCUUUGAUGCAUGUAUAGAGCCAUUGUUUUACUGGAAAAUAAAUCUCUUUUUUUGUCA